AUGGCCAGCACGGAAACAGUGUUGGAACCGACCACCCUCCGAGAAACCCUUCGUGUCUACAAUGUCCAUGAAAGUGGAAGGGAAGAGGCUGAAUCGUCUCAACAACAACAGCAAGAGCCGCAAGAGCUAAGAGAGCAACAACGAGGCACAAGAACAAACACAGACCAAGACAGAGAAUGGCCUUCGGAUUGGAGGAGGAUGCCACCAUAUCGAGAAUCGAGUCGGACUCAUCGAGUUUCCGACCGAACUGCUGGACAAGACGCCGUUGAAGGUGCCGUGGUGGUGACCAUGUUCAGCGGAGUAUGGUUAUUGGGGAACAUCAAUCGACUAUGGCGUGCAACUGCUGGGAAAUGGAAUGAUCAAAUCAUGAGAUAUCAAGUUGGAGGAGAAUGGUAGAAGAUGACGAUGAGAUGGCCAUCGCUCAGUAUGGAGUAUGUAGGAUGAGUUUGAU